ACUGAAUCACCUCGCCACCAUGUCGUCGCCGGCACACCGCGCGCUGGCGCUGUAUCGACGAAUCCUGCGUGUUGCAAGGACGUGGGAAGGCCCAGAGAAGGAGCGUGAGUACAUCAAGCAAGAAGGGAGGCGAGCAUUUGAAGCGAAUCGACAUCUCAAGCGUGUCGACGAUAUUGAACAUGCUCUCGAACAAGGCGAGCAGAGGUUGGAAGUUGGCAUGCACUACAAGAUUCCGUAUCCACGACCAAUGUACGCUGAUCCCGGCACCGUCGGCGGCGACAAUGACUUUCGGCGUCAGUCGAAUCGUUUGAGAACAAAGAAAGGGCAACUCGAGAAGAAGACGAGCCUAAAUGCGUUCAAAUGGAAGUGAUUGCGAGUGUAAGUGUGGCGUGUGAGCAAGUCGACACGGGCUUCCAUUCACACAAUACGAUCCUGCAUGGCUUGCCAUGAUGCAAGCACCCGGCUCCUUGUCCCCCGCUACUCCUAGCCCACUCUCGCAUGUCUCCACACAGGCAUCUUCAUCGUCGCUGCAUCGUGAGCAUAGCCCCUUGGCGGCCUCGUGCGUUCGCUCCGACAGCUGCACAAAAAGUGUACUCUGAAACAUAAUCUGCA